AUGUCAGCACCCUCUCUUGUGGUGCCUCAAGUGGGGCGCUAUACGCGACGCCUGUCCUCCAUUGAAGCAACUCGCGAGAGUGUCCAGAUGGGCCCAACCGUCGUUGUUCCCCCAAAGCACCUGAUGGCUCCCUCUAGUGCUUCAGAAGUCGCUACAGGAUUCGAGGCAGCGAGGCACCGUUUAGACUCUCAUGUCUCCACAGAGUCAGGCACAUCAUCCCCCAGCGGAACGCCUACCGAGACUACUGUUACCGACAAAUACGCAUAUGCCUUUGAUAUCGAUGGUGUCCUCAUUCGUGGCGGUCGCCCAAUCCCAGAAGCCAUCGAAGCCAUGAAGAUGCUGAACGGUGAGAAUGAAUACGGUAUCAAGGUACCUUACAUCUUCGUCACCAACGGCGGCGGUAAGACUGAAGCCGAACGCUGCAUCCAGCUCAGCCAACAACUCGAGAUGGAGGUAUCACCCGGGCAGUUCAUUUGCGGCCACACUCCCAUGGGUGAGAUGGCAGAGAAGUACGGCACGGUCCUCGUUGUCGGCGGAGAAGGCGAGAAGUGCCGUAUUGUUGCUGAGGGCUACGGCUUCAAGGACGUUGUCACACCAGGAGACAUCAUCAAGGACAACCAGGAUACGACACCCUUCCGUUCGCUGACCGAGGAGGAGUACAGAAACUCGCGAACCCGCAAUUUCGCCGAAGUUGAGAUUGAAGCCAUCUUCGUCUUUGCUGACUCUCGCGACUGGGCUUCUGACCAACAGAUCAUCCUGGAUUUGCUGAUGUCCAAGAAUGGUCGCCUCGGCACAAGGUCUGAGACCUUUGAUGAAGGCCCACCGGUCUUCUUCUCUCACAACGAUGUUGUCUGGAGUGCAUCUCACGACCUUACCCGCAUCGGUAUGGGUGCCCUUCGCGUUUCUCUUGAGGCUAUGUACAAGGCAGUUACUGGCAAAGAACUCCAGACGACUGCGUUCGGCAAGCCCCAAAUCGGCACAUUCGAGUUCGCCACUCGCCUUCUGAAGAGGUGGCGCAAGGACACCCACGGUAUCAACAAAGCACCAGAGACUGUCUACUUUGUUGGCGACACGCCCGAGUCGGACAUCAGGGGAACCAACGAGUUUGACAAGCACACCGACGAGGCAAACUGGUACUCCAUUCUGGUUCAGACUGGUGUCUACCAGGCCGGUACGAAGCCUAACUUUACCCCCAAGGCUACUGUCAACGACGUGCUCGCCGCCGUCAGACAUGGAAUGGAGCGCGAAUACAAGAAGCAACUUAAAGAGAGCAUGCUAUCCACCGGUGUCAUUGAGGAGGACUAA